AUGAAGAGGCUGCGACUCCUGAAAUGGAGCGGCCAGGUGCACUCUCCACGAUACAGACCUGAUUCUCUUCAAUCACCAUUCCAUACUCUUCGACGUUGUCAAGCUACGACCGCUCCUCGCGUCGAUCCUGUCGAUGAAUUCGACGAUGAACCUUCAGAUGUCUCAUUCUACUCCGAAGAAUCCCUAUUGAAAUUACCCUCGCCUCCGGUCACUGCAGCAAAAACCUCCGCAAAGCUCGCCGCUCUCCACGCUCGACUUUCUCUACCUUCAAGGCUCCCUCUCGAAACUUUGGCAAGGACUCUUGUCGAUGCCUCCGCAGACCCCUCCCCAAGAUUUAAUAACAAACCCUUUGCGGUGCUUGGAAAUGACCUAUUGGGGUACUACACAUCCGAAUACAUCUUGAGCCAAUAUCCAAGGUUACCGCUAGCCGUGGUAUUUGCAGCAAUGUAUGCCUAUCAUGGUCCUGCCACAUUGACUGCGAUGGCAAGAGAAUGGGGCGUCGAGGCCGCAGCGCACCCCGGUGGGGAGGUUGACCCGGGUCUUCUUCAAUUCAAAAGGCUUCCUCCCGAACCAAAACCUGAACAGACAGGCCCACAAAUCAUCUGCACUCGUGAGGAGGGGAAAAGGUUUCGGCGAACCAUGAGCUCAAGAUCGGUAUAUGAUGACCAGUUUGGUGAGCUGAAGGAACGCUUCAAUCCGGAUGAAUCGCCGGGAUCAAAAGGCGUCACGUUAACACGGGCUAGCACAGAUUUUGUGCGGGCCGUGUUUGGGGCGGUAUAUUUGCAUGCUGGAAGAGUUGCCGCAAAGCAAUUUUACAAGGACCAUUUUAUGUCACGACAAUUAGAUAUGGGAAGCCUUUUUCAAUUCAAGAACCCGACAAGAGACCUAAACCGGCUUUGUGCAAGAGAAGGAUUCCAGGCACCGGUGGCGAAAAUUCUAAGCGAGACGGGGCGGAAGAGCAGAACGCCCGUUUUUGUGGUGGGAAUUUAUUCCGGUCAUGACCUUCUUGGGGAAGGUGCAGGCGCCAGUCUGGAUGAAGCCAGAACACGAGCAGCUGUGGCAGCCAUGAAGGGAUGGUAUCUCUACAGUCCCACCGAGUUCCGGUUACCGAGUGAAAUGGAAGAACCUGGAGCCAAGCCUUGGACACCUAUCCUAGUUGACGCCGGAGAGAUUGCGAAUUGA